AUGGGCCCUGGCAGCACCAUGAGCCGCCAACUCCUGCCUGUGCAGCUUCUGCUCCUGCUGCUUGGGGCCUCGAGCUCGUGGGGUCAGGAGCAGGGGCCCGAGAGUCCCUCAGAGGAGCCUCCAGAGGAGAUCCCCAAGGAGGAUGGGAUCUUGGUGCUGAGCCGCCACACCCUGGGCCUGGCUCUGCGGGAGCACCCUGGCCUGCUGGUGGAGUUCUACGCCCCAUGGUGUGGGCACUGCAAGGCCCUGGCCCCCGAGUACAGCAAGGCAGCUGCCCUGGUAGCGGCCGAGUCGAUGGCGGUCACGCUGGCCAAAGUGGACGGCCCCGCGCAGCUGGAGCUGGCCGAUGAGUUUGGCGUGACCGAGUACCCCACGCUCAAGUUCUUCCGCCACGGGAACCGCACACACCCAGAGGAGUACACGGGACCACGGGAAGCAGAGCACAUCGUAGAGUGGCUGCGACGGCGGGUGGGGCCCAGUGCCACGCGGCUGGAAGACGAGGCGAGUGCCCAGGCGCUGAUCGAUGCCCGGGACCUGGUGGUCAUCGGCUUCUUCCAGGACCUGCAGGAUGAGGACGUGGCCACCUUCUUGGCCCUGGCCCGGGACGCCCUGGACGUGACCUUUGGCCUCACGGACCGGCCGCAGCUCUUCCAGCACUUUGGCCUCACCAAGGACACCGUGGUCCUCUUUAAGAAGUUUGAUGAGGGGCGCGCGGACUUCCCAGUGGACGAGGAGCUUGGCCUGGACCUGGGCGAUCUGUCGCGCUUCCUGGUCACGCACAGCAUGCGCCUGGUCACGGAGUUCAACACUCAGACGUCCUCCAAGAUCUUCGCUGCCAGGAUCCUCAAUCACUUGCUGCUGUUCCUCAACCAGUCACUGGCUGCGCACAGGGAGCUCCUCACAGGCUUUGGGGAGGCAGCUCCUCACUUCCGGGGGCAGGUGCUGUUCGUGGUGGUGGACGUGGCGGCCGAUAAUGAGCACGUGCUGCGGUACUUUGGCCUCAAGGCUGAGGCAGCCCCCACCCUGCGCUUGGUCAACGUUGAGACCACCAAAAAGUACGCUCCCGUGGACGGGGACCCUGUCACUGCUACUUCUGUCACUGCCUUCUGCCACGCAGUCCUCAACGGCCAAGUGAAGCCCUAUCUUCUGAGCCAGGAGGUACCCCCUGACUGGGAUCAGCGGCCAGUUAAGACCCUCGUGGGCAAGAAUUUUGAGCAGGUGGCAUUUGAUGAAACCAAGAACGUGUUUGUCAAGUUCUAUGCCCCCUGGUGCACUCACUGCAAGGAGAUGGCCCCUGCCUGGGAGGCGCUGGCCGAGAAGUACGAAGACCACGAGGACAUCAUCAUCGCUGAGCUGGAUGCCACGGCCAACGAGCUGGACGCUUUCACCGUGCAUGGCUUCCCUACCCUCAAGUACUUCCCAGCAGGGCCGGGUCGGAAGGUGAUUGAAUACAAAAGCACCAGGGACCUGGAGACCUUGUCCAAGUUCCUGGACAACGGGGGCGAGCUGCCCAUGGAGGAGCCCCUGGAGAAGCUGGCACCCCCAUCCCCGGAGCCACCCGCCAACUCCACUGUGGGGUCCAAGGAGGAGCUGUAGUGUCCCCGUGUCCCCCACAACACCGCUGGAAGGGAGGCAGCCCCCUCGGGUGCCGUGCACUGUAAUAAAGAGCUUGGUUCUG